GGGGGGGCGGGAUCGUCUCCUGCGCCGAUUCUGCAUAGGCGGCGGAGGACUGCUGGCCGCGGCCAUUGGAGGGUCUCCAGGCGCCGUUACCUUUGCACUGCUUCUCUUGCCGCUGCCGGCGCCCCCAUGGCUACAGCGUCGCCCUUGAAAGUCAGCAUCGUGGGCUCAGGAAACUGGGGUUCUGCUGUGGCUAAAAUAAUAGGCAACAAUGUAAAAACGCUGCAAAAGUUCGCUUCUACAGUGAAAAUGUGGGUUUUUGAGGAAAACAUUGAUGGACGGAAAUUAACCGAUAUUAUAAACAAUGAUCAUGAGAAUGUAAAAUAUCUCCCUGGACACAAGCUUCCAGACAAUGUGGUUGCUGUCCCAAAUCUGAAGGAUGCCGUGCAAGACGCAGACUUGCUGGUUUUUGUCAUUCCCCACCAGUUCAUUCAUAAAAUUUGCGAUGAGAUCACGGGGCGCGUAGCCAAGAAAGCUGUCGGUAUAACUCUCAUUAAGGGAAUAGACGAAGGUCCAGAGGGUCUCAAACUCAUAUCUGACAUCAUCCGAGAGAAAAUGGGAAUAGACAUCAGUGUGCUGAUGGGAGCAAAUAUUGCCAAUGAAGUAGCAGCAGAGAAGUUCUGUGAAACCACAAUAGGCUGCAAAAUUUUGGAGAAUGGCUUCCUCUUCAAAGAACUUCUCCAGACUCCAAACUUCCGAAUAACUGUGGUGGACGAUGCCGAUACUGUUGAGCUUUGCGGUGCUCUUAAGAACAUUGUGGCUGUGGGAGCUGGCUUCUGCGAUGGCCUCCGCUGCGGCGAUAACACCAAAGCAGCUGUCAUUAGGCUUGGGCUGAUGGAAAUGAUUGCCUUCACAAAGUUCUUCUGCAAGGGGCAGGUGUCCACUGCCACUUUCCUGGAGAGCUGUGGCGUGGCAGACCUGAUCACCACGUGCUACGGGGGCCGCAAUCGGAGAGUGGCCGAAGCGUUUGUUAAAACAGGAAAGUCUAUUGAAGAAUUGGAGCAAGAGAUGUUGAAUGGACAAAAGCUUCAAGGGCCACAGACAUCCGCAGAGGUGUAUCGCAUUCUUCAACAGAAAGGAUUAGUGGAAAAGUUUCCACUAUUUGCUGCUGUCUACCAAAUCUGCUACGAAGGGAAACCCGUCCAGGAUAUGAUUUCCUGUCUUCAGAGUCACCCCGAGCAUAUAUAACGCAUGCCUUGCCAUUGUCGCAAUUCCUGCCUUUUCAUAGUAAUACGUGGGUUCAAAUGGAUAUAAUGAAGUCUUGCAAAGCGUCAACUCCAUUCAGCAAUCAUGGCAAAAUGAAUGUCAAUUUGUAGGUAAUUUUCAGUUUGAUGUAAUAGUGCGACGCCUAGAAUGUCAGCGGUCUUCUUUUUACUGGCUAACAUUUUGGGUAGAUUUCAGAAAAACGCUGAGCAGGGCUUUCACACUCCUCUGAGUAUCCAUGUAUGUGUCUUAGCAGUAUGGAAAAUGCUUGAUGUUUUUGUAGCCUUCAUUCUGAUGCUUUCUUUUUCUAAAGGGACCCAUCUGGAGCACUCCAGUGAUUAUUGUUGGCGGCAGGGGGCGGGGGGGAGAGAGACAGGUACAGAUCCUUUUUCUUUUUUAUGGGCAUCGGAGAUGGCCUGAAAUGCAUUCUGCAUUGAGGCUCUUUGCUAUAUAAAAGAAAUGAGCUUCUGUAGUGUACGCCCAGCUUUUAAUCAGGGUUACAUGCCCUUUAUUGAGAAUGUUUCUUUUUUUUAACAAAUGUUUUGAUGAUAAUCAAUUUGAUAGCAUUUAUUAGGCGAGGGAGGAGCACUUUGACCUUUUAACUUACUUACAUUUUAAAAGAGAUUUUAAGAAAUUGAGGGGGGGGGAAUCAAAUGUGUUUAAAUAGUUGCAAUAUCUUUCAUCUUUUAAAAAGGGGAAGUAAUGUAGACAGGGCCUGUGUAUCAAACGAGGGGCUAUAUAUAUAUGGCUUUGGUGCUUAGCAUCAUCCCACAUUUAUUACCAAAACGAAACUGUGGUUUUGGAACAUGCGAAUGCAAAACUGGCCUUAUGCCGGCUGGAUUCAGGCAAACAGGUGUGUGUGUGUGUGUAUGUGUGUGUGUGUGUGUGUGAGUGUGUGUGUGAGAGAGAGAGAGAGAGAGAGAAUUCUCUGAUCCAGUGCAUGUAUGAGGGAAAUUGCAAAUUCAUUGCCACUUGGCUUAGAAAGCUAUUCAAAGGAAUUCCCAACAGAUACUCAGAUGCAAUCUUGCUACUGAUCUGCUGGCAUGCUCUGAUGUGUUGGAAAUGGCCAGUACGCGGAGAGGAAAAACCUCUUGCGGUUUCGUUGUUUGUCCACUCCUCAAGUUACAUUAGAAAUAGCAAAUUCCCCUGUAUCCCACAGAAAGAUUCAUACACAGGGAACUUAGUGCUGUCAUACUGUUAUCUGACAGCAACUUGUGUGGUUGUGAUUCACAGGCCCUGCUUUCUAGCACUUAGUAUGUUGUGCUUAGUGUAGGUCGGAGGUGGAUAACUUGUGGCCCUCCAGAUGUUGUUGGGACUCCAUUUCCCAUCAGCCCCAGCCAGCAUGGCUGAUGGUAAGGGAUGAUGGGAGUUGUAGUCCACAACAUCUGGAGGCGCGCAGGCUCCCCAUCCCUGGUGUAGGUAAUAUACCAGGGGUUGCUCAGAAUACCACACACCGAGGAAUGUGAUGACAAUUCCCAUUAGCACAUGAUUGUAUAAUAAGCGAACUGUGUUCAGUUAUGACUGUGGUUUAUUUCAGUGCCUGUUAUGACUUCUCUGCCCAGCUGUUGAAAUCUAUUUAAUAGUACCCACUGACUUAAAAUGAGAAAUGUUUCUGGGCGUUCUUCCUCAUCUAAACUGCCUUGACCUCCCUAAGCGUGUAUAGGACUGUGGUCUUAAAGACUGAAAUAAUUACUUUAUCUUGAUUUAGAGCUGUUGAAGAAUCUGAUAUAUCCCUCAAUUCCCUUGUUAAAAUCGGACAUUAAAUACCGUAUUUUUUGCACCAUAA